CUCAAGUGACAGCGUGUGAUGGCUUCACAGCUCUAGCAAAAGUAGCUGAUGAAGUAGUUCGUUCUGCUGGCUUGGAGAGGAACAUUUGUGUCGUCCAUAAAAUGAGCUCAGCGCUGGACGAAGAAGAAAUUGGAAGCAUUGAUCUUAUUGUUGCUGAGAUCCUGGAUUCCACACUUUUAGGAGAGGGCUACUUAAGCACUCUUCGCGAUCUUUAUACCCGUGGCUUGGUCGACGCAACCACACAUGUUAUUCCACGUCGCGCUCGGGUGUGGGCGCAGUUGGUAGAGUGUCCCGAGCUUCAGAGUCA